CACUCCAAACUUCACCAACGGAAAGCUUAACUUUCUUUACAUCUUUUCUUGUUGAAUCACCCUUUGCAUUUCUUUUUGUUUGUGGAAAUGCAUUACCAGACCGAGUCAUUGAGUUCAUAUGUUCCACCGAGAACAGUGGGUGGCGACCCAUUGGAGCGCAUAGAGAGGCUGGCGUCAGAGAAUGCGGUGGUGAUCUUCAGCAUGAGCUCUUGCUGCAUGUGCCACGCCAUCAAGCGACUGUUUAGCGGCAUGGGUGUGAAUCCGACUGUGCACGAGCUGGAUGAGGACCCGAGAGGCAAAGAGAUGGAGAAGGCUCUCAUGAGGCUUCUGGGUGGUUCCUCUUCUUCCGUCCCUGUUGUGUUCAUCGGCGGGAAGCUUGUGGGUGCCAUGGACACAGUCAUGGCCUCUCAUAUUAAUGGCACUCUUGUGCCUCUUCUCAAAGAAGCUGGCGCACUUUGGCUUUGAUCAUCCUCAUAAUUCAUCUUCUCCAAUAACACAAUUCCAACAAACGGCAAAAAAAAAAAAAAAAGACUCAUAUAGGAAACUACAGAGGAAGAGGAGUUGAUUAUUUCUCCCCGUUUUGCUUUCUGUUUUCUCCUGUGCAGAUCUCCUGAAAGAAAUGUAUUUGCUCCCUCCUCUGUAUAAUCAUAGAUAGAAUUAUAAAUCUUUUCUUGCUAUCU